CCCGGACUGAUCACCUGUCCCUGCCCUUGACAUUUCCUCAGCCUUCUGUCUUCGACCGCUUACACACCUGCUCGGCUCUGUGGCUUCAUAGCUCACCUGUGGACCCGUCUGCCAGCUAGCUAUGAAGAUUGCUUCCUUCAACGCCCAGAGGUUUGGAGUGGCAAAAGUCUCAGAUCCUGAUGUCCUGUCAAACCUGGUUAAGAUUGUGUCUCGAUAUGACAUCAUAGUUAUUCUGGAGGUGAUGGAUGCGAGUGGGGCUUCUAUCAGACUCUUCCUGGAAGAACUAAACAGGGUCAACCCGUCCCAUCACUACACACUGCAGGUCAGUGCUCGUCUGGGAAGAGACAGAUACAAGCAGCAAUUUUUGUUUCUGUACAGGGAUGAUGUGAUCGAUCUGAUUGACUGCUAUCUAUACGAAGACAAACAGGUGAAUGAUGUGGAUGCGUUUGCAAGAGAGCCUUACAUCCUCUACUUCAAACCGCGUAACACAGUCCUGAAGGAUCUGGUGCUGAUCCCGGUCCACGCCACAUCGCAAGAUUCACAGAAAGAACUGGAUGAGCUGUAUGACGUUUUCCAGGUGGUCAGAAACAAAUGGAAAACAAAUAAUAUAAUGAUUCUGGGAGACUUCAGAGCAGAUACCACACACAUCACACAAAAAGAAAUGGAAGCCAUCCGCAUUCGCAGCGACAAGAAUUUCCACUGGCUGAUUGCUGAUGGCGUGGACACCACUGCACGAACGUCCAAUGAUCACACCUACGACAGGAUUGUUGUGUAUGGAGACGACAUGAUGGCAGCCAUUGUGCCAAACUCAGCCAGGCCCUUCAACUUCCACAAUGAGUUUGGGUUGACAGCAAAAAUGGCCCUCAGAGUCAGUGAUCACUACCCUGUUGAGGUGGAAUUACUCAGCACUCCUCCUUUCUGGGAGCCAAAGAGCAUCCAAAAACAUGGAAAUGUUGCCUCCCAGGAAACAUCAGGUAACAGAGUUGUCACAGAGAGUUUGCACGAUGAGGUCAUGAGCCUGCAGAGGGAAACCCUCUUGUUGCAACGAGAAAAACUUCAACUUGAAAUCUGCUUGUUAAAGCGGAAGCUUGCCACAUUCAAAUAAAAAAAGGAGGAUCUGGAUUUCAGUUUUUCAUUACUUUAAUAAGCUGUAUCCUUUUCAUUUUUAUUUCAAUGCAAAAUCAGUUGCAGUUCAUGUGAAAAACAUAAACAAUGUUGACAUUUAUAUGUAUAAUUAACUGACAUGUAUGAAAUGAAAUAAAAUAAAAUGUAUGUGGCCAUUCUGAGUUGGGGCCCUGUCCAGGUUGUUCUAUAAUACAUCCAUGGUUGUACCCCUGCCUUUGACCUGUAAAGGAACAAACUUCCUGUAGACCCGAGGUCUGCUCCAACUGUCAGCUCCUAAAACAUUACUGUUUACUCAAGCGUACUCCUAUAUUAAAUACUUACCUGCUGUACUCUACUCCCCUUAUUUUUAACAACUUGUGCUUUUUAUUAUUGUAGCAGUAGGUCAGCGGAGGACAUUAUUUUACCUCUUUUCUUAUCAUUUUAUUUCAUUUAUUUGUUAUUUAAGCAUACUCUUAAAUCAGCAACUUGUGCUUUUUAUUAUUUUACCUUUUCUCAUAAUUUUAUUUCAUUUUAUUUGUUAUUUACUGUCUAAAUAUGUCUUGCCGCUUGUAAUGUCCAUGUAAAGCACUUUGAAUUACCUUGUGUUGAAUUAAAUACACUUGC